AUGAGGCCAAGCGAGGAUUGGGUGAUUUCAGGGUCCAAGACGCGAGAGGGCUCAGCCGGCGCCGCCUCCAUCACGCACGGCUCAGCCGCAAUCACCUUCCUUGCUACUCAGCACCUUCCGUCCCUCCGAAUCAUCGACUUUGCCAAUUGGGGUCCCUCUCGACAACAGAUAGCGUCGUACUUCCUCUUGUACGCGAAGCCGCCUUGGAUCCAUUCUCGUUCACCACCUUCGAUCUUCACGCACGCCACCUGCGAUAGGACCGGAACGACCGCAUGCAUCAUCAUAGCCACUGCGCAAGUGCCGCUGGUCCAAUCCUUGCGUCCCUCGGACCUUAUCAACCAUGAGGGUCAGAUCCCUUCCGAUGCCAUCAUCUGCAUGGCCUCCGACGGCAGCCAGCUCAAGCAGGAACUCCUCGACCGCAUCGUCCAGCAAUCCGCCACGUCCACAUCCGCUUCCUCGUCCACCGUCGCUGCGAGACCACAUCCGAGCGCCUCCACCUCAAAUCCUUCCACACCGGAAGCCCAUCCGGAAUCGCAUACGCACGAGUUCUUCGUCUACAACCGCGACUUUCUCUACACGGACCCAACAGAGCUCGCCGCCGAGCUGGCCGAGCAUGCCGUGCUCGACCCCGUGCCGCCCUUCCCUCAAGCAGAGAUAGCCUUUCCUCCAACACCCAAGUCGCUCGAAGCCCUCGUUACAUGGACGGCAGAGAUCUCCACCCUCGUCGCCGAUCAUGAGCACACCUGUCGCGACCUGCUCAGCCGCAUCACACUCAUCGCACGCAGCCUCCAGGUGGCGCUCGCCAACCUCAGAGAUCACGCCGACAACAUCGAGAACGGCGCCAAGGCGCUCAUCGACGACGUCGCACAGAAGGAGCUCACUCGCAUGAACAGCCUCCUGCAGGGCUACGAGCGUGACCUGCGCAUCCUCGGCAUGGUCUCCAUCCACCCGCGCCUCCAGUCCUCGGGCGCACAGAUGGCCACCACCUCCGCCACCACCACAGCCUCGGGCUCGGCACAGAAUGGCCAGUCCAACGGAUCCGCCGCCGCUGCCAAGCCAAAGCACCGCACCCUCGGCGACUACAUCAGCAAGUCAAAGAUGAGUGCGGUCGCGGAUGCCUGCCAGCGUGUCUUUACCGAGCUGCGCGAGCGCAUCGAGAGGAUCGACGUCGACCUCACACUCAUUCGCAACGACACACAGGGCCUGUCAGACGAGGUAGAGGCCACCACGCCAGAAGUGGCCGACGAAACGUACCAGCGAGUCGCAGAAGCUUUGGCGCGAACGAGGGAGCUGCAAGCUUUCAUCGAGUCCACAUGCUCACCCGAUGCACAGGGCUGGCCCGUCGCCGACAAGAUCGACCGUGCCACGUUCGACCGCAUCGUCAGCAGCGCCAACGAGCUCCUCCUUCUGAACGAGGUGGUGCGCGAAGCUGUUCAGCGCCUCACGCAGGAUCGCAACGACAUCCUCGAGCGCAGCCUCCACCUCCUCGUCGACAUCUCGGGCAUCCAGUCCGAGUUCACAGAGACUGGCUCCUUGCUCGCCGCAGUCGAUGCCGAUCUGCACUCCAACAAGCUCGACGGCUUCAAGCAUCUGCAUCGGCUCAAAAACAUGCUCUGGGCGUACGGCGCCACCGUCGUCGAGGUCGUCAGGCGGCGCGAGUUUGCCAAGCACUUCCUCGGCAAGUCGCAGUCCCUCGCUGAGCUCAUGGCCAAGCUCUCCGCGUCCGAGUGGAAGCGACGCCAGUUUUAUCGUAACGACGUCUCGUCGCUUCUCCCGUGGGAGGUCAAGGGCAUGGACGACAAACCGCCGAGCCUCGAGAUCACCACGCCCCGCGUCAGCAACGAAGGCACCGCUGAUCUCAGCCUGGCAGACCUCCAGGCUCUCUACGAGCUGCUCGACCAGGUAGAUCUGCGGCUACGCGAAGAGGCUGAGGGUCAAGACGCAGCCGCGAGCCCGAUUCCCGAGGUCAAGGCGGCAUUGCAAUCUCUGGCGGCCGCGCUGCAGGACCUCGACGACGAGUUUAUUCAUCUCGUCAACCUACAGCUGCUCAACAAGGAAGACGACGAAGACGGUUCCGACGACGAUACCGACGAGAGCGGCUCCGACACGUCGAUUCGCGCGCGCAAGCGUGAGCGUCGCCGCCAACGUCUCACUGCCUCGCUCGCGGCCGCUAACGACCAAGAGCUCGCCCAGCUGCGCCGCGAGCUGGCGGCCGUAAAAGCCGCCAAGGACGAGGCAGAGCGCGCGCUCAAGGCAGAGGGUGAAAGCCGCGCCUUAGGCCUCAAAGCCGAGAUCGAGACGCUCAAGCGCCAGCUCGAGACGGGCAAGUCGGACGCGACCCAGCGCGAGGCAGAGAAGCGCGAGGCGCAGGAUCGCAUCGACACGCUCGUCGCCGACCUCGAGGUGGAGCGCGAGCGCAGGCUCAACAUGGUCGACGAGGUCAACCAGCUGCGCCGCGAUCUCGAGCAGAGCCACCGUUCCGAGGCCGAGGCGAAACAGGAGGCCAUGGAGGAUGCAGAGCGCGUCGCCGAACUCGAGGCACAGGCACACGAGCUGCACGUCGAGCUCGAAGAGGCCAAGGUCGCACGCAUCGACGCGAGCAAGCGCAUCGAGGCGCUGCUCAGCGAGGGAUCGAGUGCCGAGGACGAGCUCCGCACCGCCCAGGCGCGCAUCGACGAGCUGACGGAGCAGCUGUCGAAUGCCCAUGCGGAGGCAGCCAAGGCGCGCGAGACGACAGCAGAGAUCGAGGCAGUCAAGGAGCGACAGAUCCGUUCUUAUCGCGCCGAGGCGGAUGGCGACCGCGCCAUCCUGGAGGAGAAGGUGCGUGCGCUCAAGGCGGAUCUGGAUGCCAAGGUGCAACUGCUCCAGCAGCAGACGGCGAUCGCAUCGCGCGCAGAGCAAAGCCGCAUCCCGGAUCGCGAGGCCAUCGAGCUGCUCCGUGGACAGUUGCAGGCCGCCGACGUCGCGCACGAAGAGAUCGUCAAAGAGAUGGACCGCGCCAAGGAGAUCGCCGACGAAGCCGAGGCGUCCCGCCGCGAUGUCGAGGCUAGCCGCCAGCAGCUGCUCGAGCGGACGCGCGGGCUGCUCGCCAAGGUCAGCCAGCUGCGCAAGACGGUGCGUGCCAUGCCGGUCCACUCGUCGUCCCGCCAAGCAUCGUCGUCCAGCAACGCAGCUGUCGCUGCGGGCAACGGCGCCACGUCGAGCUCGGCGCCCGCAGGCUCCGCAGCUGCAGUGGCUCAGCGCGCCAUCGCUGCGUCGACAGGCAGUCUUUCUGCAUCCGACCUUUCAGAGUCGCAACGCCAGGCGGCGCUCGAUGCAUUCGAAGCCGAGGCGGAGGGCGCCAACUUUGAAACGACGCUCGAUGCGCUGCGUGCGUUCGAUGCGGUCGAGAUGUACAACGAAGUCAAGGCGAAGCUCGACUCGCUCAACGUGCUGGUGCGCAAGUGGCAGAAGGCGUGGAAGUCGGCCAACGAUAAGGUGACCAAGGCGAAUGCGGCGGCCCGAGACAAGAUCGCCUUCCGCAACUUCCAGUCGGGCGACUUGGCGCUGUUUUUGCCCACGAGGAAUUCGAAUCUGGCUGCCAAGCCGUGGGCUGCGUUCAACAUCAGCUUCCCGCACUUCUUCCUCAACGCCAAGGGACCGCUGGCGGAGCAGCUGAGGACCAAGGAGUGGAUCGUGGCGCGCAUCACGACGAUUACCGAUUGCGUUGUGCCCGCGGCCCCGGAUGCGGAUGCGGAUGCCAAGGAGGACGAGGCGGCGAAUCCGUUCCGUCUGCCGGCAGGCGUGCGCUACUUUUUGCUGGAUGUCGAGACGUACAGCGGGCACAGCUCGGCGCCACAGCUCAAGAGCAGAAAGAGCUCCUCGGCUGCGCUUGAUUCUGAGUCCACGUCGGCCUUGCGCGGGUCCGACAAGCAAGCUGCUCCCGCGCACCCUAGGAGUCAGAGCGAAGGGACGCUGACCGGUCUUCAAAAGGUCUCGAACGAGAGCCAGACGGUUCCCACCGAUGUCAAGGGUGACCCACCGACAGCAGCACCCACAAAUGAAGCGGCUGUGGAGGCGCAAGAUGCGCGUGGCGGCUCGGACGAAGAUAAGGCAGGGCAGACGAGCGGCUUUUCGCUCAGGUCCGAGAAGUCCGAGAAACUCGAUGUGCCCGACCAGCCGACGCCGCCGAUGCAGACGCCGGACACGUCGCCGCACAUUGGGUCGGCCAAGCUGCCAGAUGCCGCAGCUUCCGCAUCGGUAGCCGACUCGCGCACAGCUGCCACGUCGGCAGCGCCUGCAUCCGCACUGACGCGGGCAAUCAGAAGCACGUCACCCGCUGCGUCGAUGAAGACGGGACGGUGGCGUGCGGGCUCGUCGGCCUCGGCGAGUGGGUCGCCCUGGGCGGCACGCGGGAUCAUGGGCAUCGCUGAGGAGGCCGAUGCGCGGAACGAAAGGGACGGCGACGCUUCGAGUGCAACAGGGUCGACGAGCCACCGGACGGCGCUGAUCGAGCACGCUACGCUCGCACCUGCAUUUGGUCGGCCGAACAAGCACCGUGAAGGAGGGUCGCGCGGACGUAUUGCCUCUCCAUCUAGUACUGAAGGCGGGAUGGAGGGGCGCGGGGUGACGUCGGCGCCUGCGUCGCAGACUCGGUCGGAGGGGAUCGCGAUCCGCGUGUCGCGUCCGCUGCGCUCCGAGUUAGUAGACACGGCCGUGUCGAAUCCCUUCUCGCAGUCGCCGGGGCCGGCGUCGCUGCCUGCGGGUCGGGAGGGCUUGGGAACGCUCGGCCGCAGUGCGCAGCGCAAGUCGAGUCUGAACAUCGCCACGACGGCUGCUACGGCGGCGCCUAGCGUUCAGCGGUGGCCGGGUGGGAGCGACGGCGUGGUGAAGCGCAGUGCGUCGUCGGCGUCUACGGCGUCGAAUGCCGGUGGCGGGAUUAGGAUCAAUGGGCGCAGCAUUCUGGUGGAUACGCUGUCGAUGGGGCGGCAUCAGCGGCAGACGUCGGCGUCGUCCGCGGCGGUGGCUGCGACCUCGGCGGUGACGGCGCAUGCGGUGCCGGGAGCAUUCCCGUCGUCGUUUUCGUCGUCUGGCUCGCUGGCUGAACCGGCGUCGCCGCAGCUGGGCGCGCCGGCGCUGCCAGCAGCGGAGGAUGCAGCUGCGUCGCCGCGAAAGCCGAGCCGGUCGUUUUUCAGCCAGACGCUCGGGCGGUUGAGUGGCGUGGCGGCGCAGACGGUGGGUCCGCCGUUUGCGCCCGCGGGCGAUACAGCCCGGGAGGCGAGGAAGCAGCCGCGGCCGUCGCUGUUUGCGGCGGUGGCGCCGUUUGAUGAGCAGCAGCCGCAGCAGCCGCAGCAGCCACAGGGGGCCGAGGGCGGCGCGUCGGGUUUUUCCAAUGCGUCCGCCUCGAGUGCCGAGGGUUUGCUCAAGCGGUUGGAGUGCAGUCGUGAUGCGAGGGUCAGUGGCGUGGACUUCUCAGCUCCAUCAAGGGUGUACUGGGGACGCACCAGCGACGUUGCUAGCUCACAGUUGAUCCGUCUGUCGAUACAUGCCUCGGACCCAGUGUCGGGAAUUGGAAGCAUCGGCAAUGUGCAACCAGUAGAGUUGUUCCGUCGCAACCUGUUGCCACUGACGCCAAAGCCGUGCCGCAUGCCCGUUGUGGCGGCGACCUCAGCGUUGGUGCUCGCAGCACUGUUCAAUGGCGAGGUGUGGACGUUGCAAGCGACGAUGCGCGAAUCGUCACGUCGACGCAGCUUUCCACCAUGGCGAGAAUUGGGUCCUCGGCGUGGAUCCCCGCAAUGGGCACGCCAAGACCUCUUUCAAGUGCGGCAGGCGCGCGCGCUCGUGUCUGCAAGCAAUUGCUCAGAUGGUCAUUUGAGGCUGCCAAUGCUCAACAGGUCUUGGAUCGCCAUUCCGUCGGGCCAUGACCUCAAUAGCUGA